AUGCCGAAAGACAAAAGAAGAGACGAGUCAAACACCGAAUUGGAUCAUGUGGAUCGAAAUCUUACUUCAUUAAAUGGCAUCCCUCGACUGUUUGAGAUGACCUAUCUGACAAGGUUGACGCUUAGUCAUAACAAGCUCACUUCCAUACCACCAAACAUCGCAGACUUGGAGAAUUUGCAGAUUCUGACAUUGUGGAAUAACCAGAUCGAUGAACUACCGUCGUCGAUUUCGAGCCUUUCCAAGCUCCGCAUUCUGAACGUGGGCAUGAACCGCCUCAAUGUCCUUCCUCGUGGUUUUGGGUCGUUUAAAUCUCUGGAAAUCCUCGACUUGACGUAUAACAAUUUGAAUGAGAGGAGUCUUCCUGGAAAUUUCUUUUUUAUCGAGACUUUGCGAGCGCUCUACCUGGGUGAUAACGACUUUGAGAUGCUUCCUGGAGAUGUGAUGAAUCUUCGUAACCUUCAGAUACUCGUUCUCCGUGACAACGAUUUGCUAACAAUUCCACGAGAAAUUGGCCAUUUGACUAAUCUUAAAGAACUGCAUAUUCAAGGUAAUAGGCUCACCGUGCUGCCUCCUGAACUUGGAGCGCUAGAUUUAAUAGGAAACAAGCAAGUGUUCAGAUUGGAAUACAAUCCAUGGGUAGCGAGUAUACAGGAGCAGUUCGAUGCAAGAGGUGCACAAGGUGUGAUGGAUUUCAUUAGAAGUGAUCAAUACAAGUACUUCUAUGGGCGUCAGGAGGUGACGACAGGAUCAGUGCCACCAAAGCGAAAUAAGGAUAGAAAGCUGUCUCGCAAGAUGAAUCAACCACAGUGCGCAUCGUGA